AAGAAGCGUCUUCGGUCGUAUUUGCCAGUAAGAAUUCGUUCGAUUAAUACGUGUCAUCUGAGCAACCCGGAUCGAUAACAGAUUUCAAAAAUACAAAAUGACACGAUUAAUCAUUCUAUUGUGCGCGGUGGUGUAUGUUUCCGCUGAUGUUAAAAGUCUGACAGAUAAAUUGGAUUUAUUCAAAUAUGAUCCUUCUGACGUCUAUUCCCUACCCGAGGAUAUUGAUGAUGAAAAGCCAGCUAUUAUAUUCAAUGGCGAUGUCAUGAAGGCCAAAGUGGAUAAAUUGCAAAAUCUGAGCGGCAAUAAAAAAUUCAAAUUGGAAUUGAAAACCCAGAACGGCAUUGAAGUAUCUAGUGUGGGUAAAUUGAAGGAUGACAAAACUUUUGUUGUCAGUGGUUCCUACUCAUUUACUGGUGCCGAUGGCAAACGUUACAGAACCAGAUACACCGCUGACGAAUUCGGUUACCAUCCCAUUACUGAACUUGACUUGGACAUUCCAGAACCUCAGCCCCUUAAUGCAGGCUUGGGAGCUUUAAAUAACAAAUUUGGCUUUGAUGACAAGAGAAAUCGCUUCCAGUUCUUGAAGCAAGAUUUAGAUGCUGAUCUCGAUUCCUCAGCAUCAACUUCCUCAACAAGGGGCAGUGGCCAAAGCGGCGAUGACUACAGCUAUGGCGGUGAUGGUUACGACUAUCAGCCACCAGCACAAACCUUCGAAUCGGAUCCAUCCCGCCUAUACUUGCCAGCGCUGUAGAAUUCAUUGUUUUAGUCCAUAAGUCAUUCAACACACAUUACCUUUAGCAAAAUCCUUGCAGUUUAUCAGCAAAUCAUUAAUUUAAAGGUUUUAACAAAUAAAUUUAUACACUACAUAUGUACACAUUACAAAAAAAAAACACAAACAACAACAUAUUUUAAGCGUAUAAAAUUGAAAAAAAACAAAAAUAUUUAAUGAACAAAUGAAUACUUUUAAAGUGAUAUUAGAAAUAAAACACAACUGAUUUCUAAAAACAA